AUGUCGGACAGCUCUACGCAGAUUCCAGACGCUUCGCGGAGACCAGCUAGCAGGAGAAUAACCACGCCCUCAUCACAGCGUCUUCAAACGAUCACAGAAGGACCACAGUUCAACGCACCGCCUGUCCCACCUAAAAGUAUCCUGCGCACAGGAUCUUUGUCAUUAUCCUUUCCACAACUUUUCGGUUCCUCUACGCGACCUCGGAACGAUAGAGGCAAUAGUGCCAGCACGAGUCGCACGCCGCCCCCAGCAUACGAACGAUCUGGGUUCCCACUUGUGGUUGAGGAUAAUUUCCUAGACAGGGCUGGACCCAUUGAAGGCGAGAAAGUCGCAGAGCUCAGGCGGCAGCGUAGCCACCAGAACAAAACUCGGGGCAGCGUGUGGAGAAUCGUCCUAAUAUCGACCGUUGCCUUUCUAGUCGUGCUAGGGUUGGCUGUGGGGUUGGGAGUGGGCUUGACUGUGGGAAGGAGGAAACAUCAGAACUCGAACGGCGAGACUGGCGCGGCUUCGGAGAACAGUACCAGACCUUUCCCGUUGGGCGAAUACAGCAUGGUCACAGCACUGAAGCAAGUCUCGACAAACUGCACUUCCAACGCAGCUACGUGGAGCUGCUAUCCCUACAAUGUCUUCGAUGCAUCGAACCCUUUGCAGACCCGAGCGAUCUUCAACUGGAUCCUCACAAAUUCCUCCAGCGACUACGCUACGAUCAACACAGCAUCAACCCCCGACGAAGGCGUCCCCGCGAACCUCACAAUCAGCUCGACCGACAACCCUCUAGCGAUCACUUUCGAGAACAGUUCUUUGACCUACAUCUCACCCUCGUCCAACUCAAGCUCCGCCAGAUACACUUUCAACUUCGUCAUGGAAAAGGCCGUCAUCCCCUCAACAUCGAUAACGGGCGAUAACGGUCUCUCACAAUGUUUCUUCAACCAGACCAUUUUCACGGGAACACUUUAUCUCUCUGCCGGCCGGACAUACCCCGAAGCUGGCAGCUCCAACACAACAGGCAGUACCGGGUUUCAGCAGUGGCCAUAUGCGAUCGAGAUAUCGCAGACAAGCCCUGGCGGAACGGAUGUCCCAGCUUGCUACCAAUAUACCAAUAGAGUCGUUGGCGCGAGGAUAACGAACGACCUCACACCACAGUCCGCAGACACGCAAUGUACUUGCGAGUAUCAGAAUUUUUGA